CUGUGGUUGCACUUCCUCUUUCUUCCCUUCAACACCAAACAACCACCAACGAAACCGCUAAAAGGGUGGAUUUUGGGCUUUGUUUCCUUCUUACCCCUCUUCUUGAUUCUUAAAAAAAGAAACAGACAAAACCGACUUGUCUCCCAUUUUGUAAACACCACAACGGUCGACCCAUGAUCUUGCAAUCGUCAACAUGUCGUCAACAGCGUGGCCUCCGCCACUUCGCCAGCCAACCGCAGAAAUAAUUAAAGAAGAAGAUACUGGUCUGACCCAGUCGCUUAGCCAGCUUUCUCUCAAAGUUCCUCCUUCUCCUCCGCAGAUUGUCGAGUCCAAACCGAGAACCAGAUCCAAGUCGCGACACUCAUCUGCCUCCCCUCGCCGCGCUCGAAGCCCGUCCCAUGGCCGCCACUCCAGAGCUUCGACCCCGCCACUGUUGCGCAAAGCGUCUAUGAACUCGCUGCACUCGGCCAAUGGCGGGAAAACCUCUAGACGAUCUAGCUUUGCCCGCGGUGUGUCGCCUUCUGCAGCCAAGUCGCCUGUACUUGGCCAGGAGGAGCAGAAGCCCCCCAUGACACCGAGCUCGGUAGCUAGCGCAUACUUUGAAGCUGAGCUUGCUGCCCACCAUGGGCCAGAGGCGACCCUCCCGACCGAAACUGUAGUUAUUCUGCACGACUCUGUCUACGGCCACCGCUGGUCUCGACCCCGAACGUCUCGAAGCGUCUUGAGCACCAUCGUGGAGCGACCCGAACGUAUAAAGGCAAGCGUCCUUGGUGUCUCCAUGGCCUAUGUUCGGCUGGGAGACCGCCAUGCCGACGGCGCAUACCCAGCGAACCCCAAGAGCGAUGUCUAUGCGCUCCCCAGGAUCCCGUUCCGUGUACAAAAGACAACUCGCCGCAUUCCACUUACAUCGCAGGCGGUGACCAAUGUCCACGGCACAAAAUGGAUGGAUGAGCUCAAAUACAUGUGUGAGACGGCUGAAUCCGUGCUCGCCAUGGGAGGCAAAGAGCUUCAGCGUCCUGAUAUUGAGCGUGACGAGCCUGCGCAAAAGUUCCAUGAGGGAGACUUGUACCUCUGUGGGGAGUCCCUGGAUGCCAUGGAGGGAGCACUAGGAGCGGUAUGCGAUGCUGUCGAUAUCGUCAUGGAUCCUAAUACGCCAUCUACUCGAGCCUUUGUCGGCGUCCGACCUCCUGGCCAUCACUGUUCUGCAGCACACCCGUCUGGCUUCUGCUGGGUUAACAAUGUCCACGUAGGAAUCAUGCACGCCAUUCUCACCCACGGCCUAACACACGCUGCCAUUAUCGAUUUCGACUUGCACCACGGUGACGGCUCUCAGGCCAUUACCUGGGAGCACAACUCGCGGGCACAUUUCGCAAACAAGAGCUUGGCAUCGUGGAAGAAGACGUCCAUUGGCUACUUUAGUUUGCACGAUAUCAACUCGUACCCCUGCGAGAUGGGCGACGAGGAAAAGGUCAAGAAUGCUAGUUUGUGUAUUGAUAAUGCUCACGGGCAGAGCAUUUGGAACGUCCAUCUGCAGCCCUGGAAGACGGAAAAGGAAUUCUGGGAAAUCUACGAAACAAAGUACUCGAUUAUUCUCGAAAAGACCCGGGCGUACUUGAAGCUCCAGGCCCAGCGCGUACGAGACGACCACCAGGUGCCAAAGGCAGUCAUUUUCUUCUCGGCAGGAUUUGAUGCCAGCGAGUGGGAGAGCGCCGGCAUGCAGCGACACCAAGUCAACGUUCCGACCGAAUUCUAUGCCAGACUUACACAGGACAUCGUCAAGAUUGCAUCAGAGGAGGGUUUAGGUACCGACGGCAGAGUUAUCAGUGUCUUGGAAGGCGGAUAUAGCGACCGAGCACUGUUCUCUGGAACCUUUAGCCAUCUAAGUGGUCUUGUCGCUGACCAAACAGCAAAGGCUGCCGUACCGGAUCUGGGUUCAAGUCUAGCUGUGGAAAUGAGCCAGAAGCUUGGUACUGCCACAGUGGACGUUGCUCCAGUCGCAGUCAAGGACGAGAUCGGCGGUGCUUCGCUUCACAAGUACGAUCCUAGCUGGUGGUCAAGCGCCGAGCUAGAUAAGCUGGAGGAGCUCAUGGCGAACCCUGCCUCACCGCCGCGCAAGCCCAGAACUUCAGAGACACCAGCCUAUUUCACGCCCACAGCAGCAUCUGCCGCUCGCGUGGUCGACCCUGUCCGCAUGCGAAGAAGCUUGUCUGGCCUUUCGGCGAACCGCCCCAAGAUUGUGGCGCGACCCAUGUCUCCAGUUGCGCCAGAGGUGCCGUGGAUGGUGGCUGCGCACGAGCUUUCCAAGCUGCUCAUUCCGUCGGAACGCCAGACAGACAGCUGCAGAGCAGAAGAGCUCAACGCAGAGGCAUCCAAGGCUAGGCGAGAGAAGCAGGCAACUCUUCUGGGCAUUACUCCCAUGCCGUCCAUGCCAGAAGCACCUCCAGCCAAGAUGGCGCUGCGAGAACGCAAGGCACGCGCAUUUGGAUCGAUUGACGGUGAACUAGACGGCCAGCGCAGCGCCUACUCUACCCCUCGACGAGCAUCGGCCAAGACGCCCAAGCCUAAGAACGCCGACGCUGGCUGCACACCCCGACCAUCCUCAUCGGACGGACCUAGAACGGCUAGCAGAAGAUCCAGCCGCCGCCUCAGUGCCACACCUGGGCCGUUUAGCCCUGACAGAGAACAGGAACCCGUUCCUCCUCUUCCCCAAAAUGUUGACCAGCUUGCAAACAAUGCUUCACGGCCUGAAUCUGCAGCAGCCGGCGAUCUAAAAAAUAUCACGGUCAAGAAGACUAGAAGUAAAUCGCAGACUCGCAAGGAGACGACGGCAGCACCCAAGACACCCCGAACGAACCGCCGGGCAACAACACCCACCAGCAAGGCCAAGACAGCCGCUAGAGCGCGUGCUGGUCCUCCAUCAGACGUACCUCCUGUGCCUGCCUCGGAGCCUCCCAACCCCAGCGUUGAUAAGAUUACGACGGGAAUGAAGAAGAUUAAGAUUAACUUGAUUACCCAGGCACAAAAGGAAGCGCGCGCCCGCAACCGACAGCAGUCAGAGGGCAAGGAGGAGCUUGGUAAGCCCAAGAUUCAAGUCGACACCUCUCGCCGCGGUAGAUCUAGCGCAAGUGCGGAGCCGACAUCCUCGAGCACAGUAGACGCGACAGCCUCGGACCGUAGCUUCCUCUCACGCACCACUUCAGACAUGUCUUCGCCGGCGUUGGACUACAGCCCAGCAGACAUGUCGUCACCACUUGGUCCCAAGGGCGACAAUGGGCGAUUCACCAAGUCCGUGUCCCCGUCCGACUUCAUCGCGUACCAGCCUGACGGCCCAGACCCUGUGAUUGUGAGCCGGGAAGAGCCGCUGCAGUGGCUUGCGCCUAACACGGCAACGCCAUCGGCCAACACGCCCGUAGGAACACCAAUUCCCGCCAAGAAGAAUGGCCUGUUUCAGUAUGCAGCGGGAAUCCCGUUUGCGCCGCGAGCCAACGGCAACACAGAGCGCAAUGACCAGCCGGCGAGCGGCGACCUGAAGGUGAAGAGAGAGCCGACUGCGUAGGAGCAGAUUCUCUGCCAAGAAUGGCACAGUUACGAAUAGACCUAAUGAAACGAUACCUUGUACCUUGCUUGCUUUUGUAGGCGGUGUGGUGCGUGGCGUGACGAGGCGUUUGAUAUUUGUAGUUUUUUUCUUUAGAUGUUUUGACAGCGCCAGGAGGAUGCAAUGAGGGGAAAAUGAAGAAGGAAGAAUGGAGGAAUUGUGUGGAGAGUAGACUUUUUUGUGUUUCUUACACCAGUAGAAUAUAAUUACUAUUUAUUUUU